AUGUCCAAGACCUUCACCCGCGCCGAGGUCGCGAAACACAACACCGAGGACUCCCUUUGGUGCAUCAUCGACCACCGCGUCUAUGAUCUGACCGACUUCCUGGACGCUCACCCCGGCGGCAGCGUCGUCCUCGCCCAAGUCGCCGGAAAAGAUGCGACAACAGACUUCUACAAUCUCCACAGACAAGAGGUUAUCGAGAAGUACCGCGACCAGCUCUGCAUCGGCACCAUCGAGGGCGAGACUCCCGAAGUCAUCUCGCCCGAGCCGGGCAGUCUGAGCACCGUUCCCUACGCGGAACCCCUCUGGCUGCGGCCGGAGUUCAAGAGCCCCUACUACAAGGAGAGUCAUCGGCGGUUGCAGCAGGCGAUGCGGGUGUUCACGGAUCGGUACGUGACGCCUGAGGCGCAGGAGAAGGAAAGGGAUGGGACGUAUAUCAGCCAGGAGUUGAUUGAUAAGAUGGCCGAGGAGAAUGUGUUGGCUAUGCGGUUGGGUCCUGGGAAGCAUUUGCAUGGGAGGAAGUUGUUGGGGGGUGUGGUGGAUGGGAAGGAGUUUGAUUACCUGCAUGAUAUGAUUGUUGCGCAGGAGAUGGUUCGAAGUAACGCGAGAGGCUUCCAGGAUGGAAACAUGGCCGGUAUGGUCAUUUCGUUGACGGCUGUCCAGCAGUGGCUGCGCAAUGCUCCUCUGCGCGAGAAGGUCACCGAAGAAGUUCUGUCGGGUCGCAAGAAGAUGUGCUUGGCCAUCACCGAGGCAUUCGCUGGCAGUGAUGUGGCCGGUCUCAAGACGACGGCAACGAAGACACCGGAUGGAAAGCACUACAUUGUCAAUGGCACCAAGAAAUGGAUCACCAACGGCAUGUUUGCUGACUACUUUGUCACUGGCUGCCGGACCGAAAAGGGCUUCACUGUGCUCCUUAUUCCUCGAGGUGAAGGCGUCGAGACCAAGCAAAUCAAGACCUCUUACUCCACCGCCGCCGCCACAGCAUUCGUGCAAUUCGAGAACGUCAAGGUUCCCGUCGAGAACCUGCUGGGCGAAGAACACAAGGGUUUCAUCGUGAUCAUGAGCAACUUCAACCACGAGCGGUUCACCAUGGUCUGCGCCGUCAUUCGCAUGUGUAUGACCGUCACCGAAGAGUGCAUGAAGUGGUGCAACCAGCGCAUCGUCUUCGGAAAGAAGCUCAUCGAGCAGCCUGUGAUGCGUCAAAAGUAUUUUCUCCUCUCCCCCUGGCUUGCUUCUGAAAAUGAUAUGUUGCUGACCGUUGGUGCUAGACUCGCCCGAAUGAUUUCUCUCUGCGAAUCCAACCAGGCCUGGUUGGAAUCCAUCGCUUACCAGAUGUGCAACAUGACCUAUGCUCAGCAAGCCGCGCACCUCGGCGGUCCUAUCGGCCUCCUCAAGUCUCACGCUACCCGCUCCGCGCAGGAAAUCGCGGAUCAUGCUACGAAUAUCUUCGGUGGUCGUGGAAUUACCCAGACCGGGAUGGGCAGGGUCAUCGAGAUGUUCCACCGGACGUACAAGUUCGAUGCCAUCCUCGGUGGCACGGAGGAGAUCCUGGCUGAUCUCGGCGUGAGACAGGCGAUGAAGAAAUUUCCCAAGGCGAUGCUGUAG